UAACUAGAAGCAUAUUCCACGGCGAGUCAAAACGCUUACUCGUACGUGCGGUCGGUCUCUGGCUGGCGACGACAGCUCCUUGCAACUGAAUACCAACUAAGUUCACUUACUAACCCCUCGCAUAGUCUUUUUUAUCAACUACGGACGCUGGCCGCCAGCGGUGAUACAAAAAGCAACACAUAAUAGAGCUUCCCGUUUUCUGGCGUGGGCUAGUCGGGGACAAAUCCUGGUGUUGCGCGGAAGCCAGUCAAAAACUCAAAAAAAAGGGACCUUUCCCCACGCGUGCGACCAUGGCCUUUCGGCUGGCAGAUCUCCCUCCCGAAAUCCGCCACCUAAUCUGGGGAGCAACCCUCCCGGGGCGCCGCCGAGUCUUCCACGUCAGAGACUGCGUGGCCAAGGUUGUCUACUACCCCAACCCGGGAGAGGAGGAGGAGGGGGAGGCAGAGGAAGAGGAGGGAGGAGGCAACCACGGCGUGCAAGGGCACGAGGAAGAGGACGACGGUGGUAAUGGUGGUGUGGACUCGCCCCGGACGCCGCCGAGCUGGCAUGCACCGGCGUGCCGGGAGGAGGAGGAGCGGACCUUUGACUUUCACAUCCGCCACCCUCCUCCCUCGGCAACCCAAAUCUGCCGCGAGUCCCGCGCCGUGGCCCUAUCGUGGGGCUUCUUUCUCUUUGCGGCCAACAAUGGUAACAGCAGCAGCAGCAGGGUUAUGGUUAGCAACGGGGUUGGUAGCAGCAGCACCAGCAGCAGUAGGGUUACUAGCAACAGGGUUAGCAGCAGCAGCAGGGUUACUAGCAGCAGGUCCAGCAGGUUCAGAAGCAGGUUCAGCAGCAGGUUCAGCGGCGGGUCGCCCGGUCUGUGGUUCAAUCCCCAGCGAGACAUGCUCUACCUUGACCGCAACAUGCGACACCGGAUCAAGGCCGAGCCGCGGCUGCAGCAGCAGCACGCCGUCGCCGUCGCCAACGGCAUGGACAAGGUUCUUCACGUCGGCGUCGAGUGGCGCGCGUGGUUUCGCGACAUUCCGCGGCUGCUGCACGAGGGUGACAACAACGGCGACGACGACGAGCAAGGGGAAGAAGGGCAAGGGGACAACACGGACACGGACAACACGGACAUGCGCAUGGUCGCGCACUGGCGCUCUGCCAUGGAAGCGCUGCUGCUGUGCUGCCCCAGCGCGGGCACCAUCAGCUUCGUGCUCCCGCGCGUGCGCCACGUCGGCGGCGUCACCUUUGGCAGGGAGCCCUACGGCGCGGCGCGGUACCCCUGCGACCUGGCGCCGCUGCCGGACGAGGUCAGGGUGCCGUGGGAAAAGAAGAAGCAGCAGCAGCCGCUGGGGGCCGCCGCGGCUGCCGGGACGGCCGGUGCUGGGCUGGCGCUGGCGGCGCUGUUGGCUGGGGGCGGCAGCAGCAGCAGUGGUGGUGGUAGCACGAGGAGCGCCCUGACGGAGUGGAGGGCUAUCCGACGCGAGAUGCAGUCGGCCCUCGCCUCGCUCGCGUAUGACAAGAAGGGAGCGGAAAUGAUGAGCCGUAGACAUGGAUGGGAGGAGGAGGAGGAGGAGGAUACGAAGAAGGGAAAGGACCGGGCGUUGGUAGCAGCACCGGCGGCGGCGGCAACGCAAGGGGGAAGAAGAAACGGAACAAGGGCAACACCGACUAGUGCUACUACCACCACCACUACUGCUACGACGAGGACGACUCCGACUCCUCCAAAAGUGCAGGGCUGGUGGCUGCUCCGCGCCGGGGCGCCGACCGACUACGAGCAGCAGCAGGUCCGUGAGUUUUUGUCUUGAGUCGGAAAUAGACAGGCAUCGAAUGGGGGAGUCGCCGAAUACGAUACGAUGGCAUUAUGUCGAUGGGAUUGGGCGCGCUGGGCUCCCUGGCCCCCUGGCAGUGCACGACGGGGCUGCGAUGGUCUUGUGUUUGGUGUUGUUGCGGGCGAGGCGGUCGUACAAGCAUAAGGUUGUAUCGCGGCAAGCACAGAUCCCCGUCGCCGCCGCCGCCGGACCUGGACUAGCAGUAGC